CGUCUGGCAGUUCUUUCAUCCACAGUGCAAGCUGCGUGGCUCGGCGCUCUGCCCGAUACCCUCUCUGUCCUCACUCCUCUGCUCACGCUCGCGUCUCCGCUCCUGAACAGCUGGCCAAAGGACUGAUUGUGUCUUACCUGUGAAGGAAAGAGCAAGCAGACUCUACUUCCUAGCCAAACGGAGGAGCGUUUGCCCAGGAAAUAUUCUGCACUCUCUGGCAACUGGAUGGGAAGAAGGAGAAUCUUUGACCUUGGAAAAUGAAGAUGUUGUUGCCAUGGGAACUGUUAAUCCUUCUGUCACUCAAAGAGUGCCUUGCUGAGAAUACACGCCAUGGUCCCGUCUUCACCCAGGAGCCUAGCGACAGUAUUUUCCCAAUGAGCACUGAUGAUAAGCAGGUGUUUAUUAACUGCAAAGCAAAAGGGAACCCACCUCCGCGUUAUAGGUGGAAGGUAGAUGGAAGAGACAUAAACACGGACUCAGAUCUAAACUACAGCCUUGUAGAGGGGAACCUGCUGAUCAGUAACCCUCAUGUCAUCAAUCACGGGGGAGUGUAUCAGUGCAUUGCCACCAACACAUUCGGGACUGUCGUCAGCAGGGAGGCAAAAGUCCAGUUUGCAUUUCUGCAGAACUUCAGCAGCAAGACGAGGAACACGGUGUCGGUGAGAGAGGGUCAGGCUGUUGUUCUGCUCUGCGGACCCCCGCCCCGUUACGGAGAGAUCAAAUAUUCAUGGGUUUUCAAUGGACAGCGCAGCUUCCUGCGGCAGGAUGCUCGUCGUUUCAUUUCUCAGAAGACGGGAAACUUGUACAUAGCCAAAGUUGAAGCAUCGGAUGCGGGGAACUACACAUGCGCAGUGAGAAACAUGAUGACCAACUCAACAGUGUUCAGCUCUCCAACCCCAGUGGUGGUACGGAGGGACGUGGUGAUGGGCGAAUACGAGCCAAAGAUCGAGGUUCAGUUUCCUGACACCCUUCAUGUCUCCAAAGGAUCGUCAGUGAAACUGGAAUGCUUUGCCUUAGGAAACCCUGUGCCUUCCAUCUCAUGGAGAAGAGCUGAUGGAAAUCCACUCCCUGGCAAGAUUAAAAUCAACCACUCCAGCGGGGUUCUGGAAAUUCCAUAUUUUCGCCCAGAGGAUGCCGGCGUGUACGAGUGUGUAGCCGAAAACAGCAGAGGACGAAAUGUUGCCAGAGGGCAACUUAUAUUCCACAGUGCUGAACAUCUACAGUGGGUCCAGACACUGAAAGAUGCCCAUAUGGCCAUCGAUGCUAACCUGCAGUGGGAAUGUAAAGCCAUUGGCAAACCUAUGCCUACGUACAGAUGGUUGAAGAAUGGUCAGUCACUAAAAGCAGAGGAGAGGAUCCAUUUGGAAGCUGGCAGACUGACCAUACCCAAGAUCAGUCUGUCAGACUCUGGGAUGUAUCAGUGUGUGGCAGAGAAUGAGCAUGGAUCUGUGUAUGCCAGCGCUGAGCUCAAGGUUGUAGCCUCGCCGCCUGACUUCUCCCGGCGCCCCGUGAAGAAGUCCACGGUGAUCCAGAGGGGGGGUGAGGUGGUGUUAGAGUGUCGCCCCCACGCUUCUCCCAGGGCCACAAUCUCCUGGUGGAGAGAGGGGGGGAUGCACCUGAAGGACAGUGAGAGACGGACCAUCAUGGAGGAUGGAACUCUUCGCAUCACCAAUAUCUCCAAAUCGGAUGGAGGCAGGUACACAUGUGUGGCCAGAAACCGUUUUGGUACUUCCAGCAGCACAGGGACACUGGUGGUAAAAGAGCCCACAAAGAUCAUAGUUCCACCCUUGAGCUUGGAUGCCAGCGUGGGACAGAGCAUCGUGUUGCCCUGUGAGGUGUCUAGUGAUUCGUCCCUGAGCCCCAUCUUCAAGUGGUUUUUCAACGGCAAAGCUAUCGACUUCAACAGACAGGAGCACUUUGAGAUGAUUGGAGGAGGAUUUGCGGGUGACCUGAUGGUGAGGAACAUUCAGCUAAAGCAUUCGGGGAAGUAUGUGUGCAUGGUACACACUGAAAUCGACACAGUUUCUGCAGCGGCAGACUUAAUUGUCAGAGGACCUCCUGGCCCCCCCGAGGGCCUGGUUGUGACUGACAUUACUGACACUGCUGUGCAACUGUCUUGGGGCUCUGGACCUGACAACCACAGCCCUGUUACUAAGUACAUGGUGCAGGCCAGGACCCCCUUCUCUAUUGGCUGGCAGACUGUGAGGACAGUUCCUGAUUCUGUGCCUGGACAGAUGAUGCAUGCCACAGUGAAAGAGUUGAACCCCUGGGUGGAUUAUGAAUUCAGGGUGGUGGCAAUCAACAGUGUUGGUGUUGGAGAACCCAGCACGCCAUCAAAACAGAUUCGAACCAAAGCAGCAGUUCCCAAGGUUGCGCCGAUUAACGUGAGUGGUGGCGGAGGAGCUCGAGGAGAACUUGUUAUUAUGUGGGAGCCGGUUCCAGAGGAACAGCAGAGCGGAGAGGACUUUGGCUACGUUGUAGCUUUCCGCCCACUUGGCAGCAGCACCUGGAUCCAGACAGUGCUGGCAUCACCUGACGCAUCCAGAUAUAUUUACAGAAACGACAGCAUCGCACCCCUGUCCCUGUUUGAGGUGACAGUGGGAUGCGCAAAUGCACAUGCGCCGCGGCUUAGAGGGAACUUUGUUGAUAACAAUCCAUCCUUUACAGAACCCUCUGAAGCACCUUCGAGAGCGUGGGCCCGUGCGGUGUCGGCCUCUGAGAUCGAGGUGUUCUGGGAACCAGUUCCUCCGAGGUCCAACAGUGAGAAGAUCGUUGCAUAUGAGGUUCUCUUCUGGGAGGAAGGAUUGGAGCAGAGUGAAGCAGACAGAGUGAGGGUUAUCAACAGCACAGCUCUGCUCUCCGGCUUGAAGGGCAGCACACUUUAUCUGAUCUCAGUCAGAGCCCAGAACAGUGCUGGACUUGGACCCUGCAGCCCACCUUUUAAUAUCACCACCAAGAAACCACCACCAAGUCACCCUCCGGGGAGUAUUGAAUGGAAACUGACCAACUCUAAGAUCUUUCUAAAUUGGGAACAUGUCAAAGCGAUGGAGAAUGAGUCCGAGGUGACAGGAUACAAGGUUGUGUAUCGCCAGAACUGGCAUGAGAGGACCACUGUACUGGAAACCAAUAAGACCAGUUUGGAACUGCAAAUCCCCUCUGGAGAGGACUACCUCAUUGAGAUCAAAGCUCUGACCGAAGGGGGCGAUGGCACCAGCAGCGGUCCCAUCCGCAUACCAAAGAUGUCCAGUAAGUUCCAUACACUCCACAGCAUGCAAAUGAUUGGAGCUGGAAUUAGGCAGAGAAGCAGUGGGAUGGGCGCACGGUGUGUAACUAAUCCCCUGUGUGACUGA